CGCCGCAUCCGGGGAUCCCGGCGCGGCCGCCGCCUCCCGCGCACACACGGCCAUGGCGGAGGCCUCCUCGCUGGGGAGGCAGAGUCCUCGAGUGGCCUCCUGCCUUGCACGCAGCCUGUGCCCGGGGGAGCCUGGCUUGCAGACAGCAGCAGUGGUGUCCAUGGGCUCUGCUGACCCCCAGUUCAACCUCGCAGAGAUCCUGUCGCAGGACUACAGCAUCCGGGACGGGUGCGAGGAGACCUCGAGGUGCCCGGAGAAGCCCGAGGGGGAGCUGGAGAAAGACUUCAUCUCCCAGAGCAGCGACAUGCCUCUCGACGAGCUGCUUGCCCUCUAUGGCUACGAGGCGUCAGAUCCCAUCUCAGAACGGGAGAGCGAGGGCGGUGACGUGGCGCCCAGCCUCCCGGACAUGACCCUGGACAAGGAACAAAUAGCAAAGGAUUUGCUUUCAGGAGAGGAGGAGGAAGAGACGCAGUCCUCAGCGGAUGACCUUACCCCGUCUGUGACCUCCCACGAGGCCUCUGACCUCUUCCCUCAUGAGAGCGGCUCUCGUUUCCUGGCUGAUGAAGACAAAGAACCGGGUUCUUCUGCCUCCUCUGACACCGAGGAGGACUCUCUUCCUGCCAACAAGUGUAAGAAGGAGAUCAUGGUUGGGCCCCAGUUCCAAGCCGACCUCAGCAACCUGCACCUGCACCGGCACGCUGAGAAGAUCUAUGAGAAUGAAGACCAGCUGCUCUGGGACCCCAGCGUCCUUCCCGAGAGGGAGGUGGAGGAGUUCCUGUACAGGGCAGUGAAGCGGAGGUGGCAUGAGAUGGCUGGGUCUCAGCUCCCAGAGGGAGAAGCCGUGAAAGACAGUGAGCAGGCACUGUACGAGCUGGUAAAAUGCAACUUCAACGUGGAGGAGGCCCUGCGGAGGCUGCGGUUCAACGUGAAGGUGGUCAGAGAUGGGCUGUGUGCCUGGAGCGAGGAGGAGUGCGGGAGCUUUGAGCACGGCUUCCGCGUGCACGGGAAGAACUUCCACCUGAUCCAGGCCAACAAGGUGCGCACGCGGUCGGUGGGCGAGUGUGUGGAGUACUACUACCUGUGGAAGAAGUCGGAGCGCUACGACUACUUCGCCCAGCAGACACGGCUGGGCCGGAGGAAGUACGUCCCGUCCGGAACCACGGACACUGACCAGGACCUGGACAGCAGCGACCCUGACGGCCCUGGCCGCGCACGCCCUGAGCAUGACGCCCUGGCGGGGCUGCACACAGAGCCUCUGAACGCGGACGGCACGGCCAGUGGUCUCGGCGAGCCUGGUGUGGGCGCCGCGGGCCUCCCAACCUCAGAGCCGGGGCCCUGCCCAUCGCAGCAGCUGGACGAGCCCCCUGCUGUGCCCCUGCCCAGGCGGCCCCCAGCCCUGGCCGACCCCGCCUCGUACCCGCCAGCCGCCGCCGCUCCGGAGCCAGACGCCAGCCCAAGACUGGCCGUGGACUUCGCCCUGCCUGAGGAGCUGCCCCUCAUCUCCAGCCGGGUGGAUCUGGGCGGGGAUCCUGAGGAGGCCGUUGCCCCCGCACAGGUGGCCUUGUCGGUCACCGAGUUUGGACUCAUCGGCAUUGGGGACGUGAAUCCCUUCCUGGCCGCCCACCCAGCGUGCCCUGCGCCCGGGCUGCACGCGGAGCCCCUGUCACACUGUAACGUGAUGACCUGUUGAUUCCUGGCGUGGGUGGGUGCGUGUGGCCUGGACUGGACUUGGCGCUGCCACCAAGCCGGCCCUGUCAGUCUUCCUGACCCUUCCCCCCUCGGGCCUCGGGGCAGUACCUUCUCUGCUUCAGAACACGUCAGGACCAGGGCGAGGUGGCCGGGCCUCCAGCCCUUGCCCCUCUCCAUACAGACUGGACCAGGGCCACGUGGGCCCCUGCCAUCGGCGCCCGGCACUGCCACCUGGCUCCAGGCUGUGCCCCACGGGACUCACCACCUGGCAGUGGGUACGGAGAGGGCCUGGCCCUCGGACGCAGGGCAGAGCUGCCGCCUGGGCCCGUCCAGCCAGCAGAGGCGAGGGGAGACGGCAGGACGCCCUACCCGCACCAGCAGCCUCUGCCCAGGGCGCCCUCAGCCCUGCUUGCUCUGUCUCCCCACCCCGGCCGGGCCGUGGGCCACCCCAGCCCUGGGGUCGGCGGGCAGCUGCUACUCAGUGCCAAAUCCUGGGGGCACAGAGCCAUAUACCUCGCUGUCCGCCCCCACCCGGCCUCACCCUCCGCCCCUGUCGUCUCCACUUCAGGAAAAGCCGCACUUUACACCCCACCUGCCUCCUCCUCCUCUCCAGCCCUGGUCCCCGAUUCACAGUCGGGCUGGGGGCCCCUCGGCAGCCCUGGCGUGGGUCGAGGAGACGGGUGACCUGCACCCCCGCUGCCCCUCCCCUGGCACCAAGGCAGGGAGCCUCCGGAAGCGACGCCGAGGGGCUGGACUCCAGCCUGUUCCCCUGACCCUGUAGGUCUUUCUGUUGGAAGCUUCCCAGCAAGGUGGUUUGGGGUCCUUGUCCUCCUCUUUCCCGCCUCCUUUGUUUAUUUAUGUUUCUGUUUACAAGUUGGAGUGAGGUCCUGGGGGCAGGGCAGCUCGCCCGGCCUGGCGUCGUCCACAGUGUUGUUUUGCUCGAGCCCUUUGCAGAGUUGGACUCGGCCACCCCUCACCCCCACCAAGGACCACACUGUGAAGUGAUAACUGCCUUGA